AUGGACAACCGUUUUAACAAUGGUAGAGCUCCUCCAAAUUACCGAAUUCAAGGACAAUCAUGUCAUCAUAUAGGUAGCAUGUUACCAUUGCCAGGACAAAAUCCCCGAUUUGCACAACUCUAUAUAUAUGAUACUGAACAUGAAAUACAACAUAGAGUAAACGGAUUCAAGACAAAAGACGGAAUAGAUCUUGACAUAGUGAAAAAACUCUCUUCUAUGUUAUAUCAACACAAUGUUCAUGCCCAGAGUUUUAAGAUGGCAAGGGAUAUACUUUCCGAAGGCAAUGUUUCUGACCUAAAGCUCCGUCUUAUUUCCGAGCGACGCACCGAUGGAAGAAUUUAUAAUCAACCAACUGUUUCUGAAGUUGCUGCUCUAAUUGUUGGUGAUGUUGACACUGCUGAGAAGAGGGACAUAAUAAUGCACAAACAGACUGGACAACUUCAAAGAAUAGAUGAAUAUCAUACAUCAUAUUUGGGAUUUCAAUAUCCAUUGCUUUUCCCUUAUGGCGAAGAUGGUUACAGGCCGAACAUUAGACAUCGUAAUCAAGAUUCCAACAAUAGACGUAACUCAGAAUCAAUGACUGGAGUAGCCGACAAUGAGGAUGUUCCGUGGGAGCAAGCAAAUAAAAGAAAUAGACUCAUAAUUAGAGAGUGGUUUGCAUUUCGUAUUCAAGCCAGAAAGAAUGAGGCCCAAACGGUUAUCAGAUCAAGAAGGUUAUUUCAACAGUUUUUGGUUGAUGGUUAUACAAUGAUGGAAUCUGAGAGACUUUGA